CAGUGCCCCCCACCAGGCGGCCUCGAUGAGCACAUGAAGCGCUGUCAAUUCUGGGAAUUUUCCCAUCUGGCAAGUCCUUUUACUCUGAAAGUAACCACGAAUCAUGUCUUAUACAGCUGAAAGAAGCAGGAAUGAGGAUGGCAAGAAUGGACCCCCGGCCGAGCGGGAGCGCGAGUACGACGGGCCAGCUGGAAUGGAUCCGGACGGCGUCAUCGACAGCAACUGGAAUGAGGUGAUCGACCACUUCGAUGAUAUGAAUCUGAAGGAGGAGCUCCUCCGCGGGAUCUACGCUUAUGGUUUCGAGAAGCCCUCGGCCAUCCAGCAGCGCGCCAUCAUGCCGUGCGUGAAGGGAUACGACGUGAUCGCCCAGGCGCAGUCGGGAACUGGCAAGACGGCCACGUUCUCUAUUGCGAUUCUCCAGCAGAUCGACACGAGCGUGCGGCAGUGCCAGGCUCUCAUCCUGGCACCCACGCGUGAGCUGGCCAUGCAGAUCCAGAAGGUCAUCAUCGCGCUGGGCGACUACAUGAAGGCCCAGUGCCACGCCUGCAUCGGCGGCACCAAUGUGAAGGAGGACGUGCGCAAGCUGGAGUUGGGCUCUCACGUCAUCGUGGGCACCCCGGGGCGCGUGUUCGACAUGAUCAACCGCAACGUGCUGCGCACCAACACCAUCAAGCUGUUCGUGCUGGACGAGGCCGACGAGAUGCUGUCGCGCGGUUUCAAGGAUCAGAUUCACGAUGUGUUCCGCAUGCUGCCGCCAGAUGUGCAGGUCAUCCUGCUGUCGGCCACAAUGCCGGCCGAUGUGCUGGACGUGAGCAAGUACUUCAUGCGCGAUCCAGUGAGGAUUCUCGUGAAGAAGGAGGAGCUCACGCUCGAGGGUAUCAAGCAGUUCUUCGUGAAUGUGGAGAAGGAGGAGUGGAAGAUUGGCACCCUCUGCGAUCUGUACGGCACGCUGUCCAUCACGCAGUCCGUGAUCUUCUGCAAUACUCGCCGCAAGGUGGAUUUCCUCACGGAGCAGAUGACUCUUCAGGAGUUCACUGUGUCGGCAAUGCACGGCGACAUGGAUCAGCGCGAGCGAGACAUCAUCAUGAAGCAAUUCCGUACGGGUUCGUCUCGUGUGUUGAUCACUACGGAUCUUCUGGCCCGUGGAAUUGACGUCCAGCAGGUCUCAUUGGUGAUCAACUAUGACUUGCCAACCAAUCGAGACAACUACAUUCAUCGGAUUGGUCGCGGCGGACGUUUCGGCCGAAAAGGUGUGGCUAUCAAUUUUGUCACGGAGGAGGACAAGAGAACCCUCAGAGACAUUGAACAAUUCUACAAUACUAAAAUUGAAGAGAUGCCAGCUAAUGUGGCUGAUUUGAUGUAAGCGCGCUCGAGGGCAGCGUUAAGGGGGUGAGAUUUAAGUUUUGAGGAGGGAAUUUAUAAGAGAAAAAAAGAGUAAAACAACAUUUAAAGAGUUAAACAAAAAAAAA